UGUUUUUUUGUAAUCCUUUUUCAUCACUAUUAAGAAUUCAUGGUAUAGCGGGUGGAGUCAUAUUUUAUUACAAAUCCUCUUCCCCACCAACAUGUAACUGACCAAUCCGGGAUGCCCCUUCUUGGUUGGAAUGUUAAGGGUGUGCCUUGGAGUUUGUUGUGAUUGGUGUAUCCAUGGCUACUGGGCAGAGCCCUGUGGUGGAUCAGUGCCAUGGAGGGGCCGCCAUUCUCUGGAUCUUGGCUAUAGGCUGAUCCUUGGGAAGUUGGGUGAGGUGGUGAUAGCACUGCUGUCCAAUGGCUUGGGUCCAUCACUCAUUUUUUAGAGUCCCAGUGGGAAACAGUGGUGUGUCCACCUUUUUAUCAGCUUAAUGGCAAGUCUCUUAUGUAUAGACUUGUUCAGUCUGUUAGAAGUUGACUUUAUCUAAGAAGUGAAAAGCAGCAGGCGGAAACACUGGCUGCGUGGAUUGGGGGAGAAAUGCCAACUUGUUGACAAGGUUUAUGCUGCUAAAAAGAAGUGUAUGCAGAGAUGGAGACUUGUUUAGAAAGUGCCAGACUAGAGAAAGAGUCAUUCAACACAGCCAGCCUUGCAGACACGGAAAGGUACAAUGGUGCUUUACCCAAUGGAGACAGAGGACGGAGGAAAAGCAGAUUUGCUCUCUAUAAACGGCCCAAGGCUAACGGUGUCAAACCAAGCACUGUCCAUGUAAUCUCCACGCCCCAGGCAUCCAAGGCUAUCAGCUGCAAAGGUCAACACAGUAUUUCAUACACUCUCUCCAGGAAUCAGACUGUGGUGGUCGAGUACACACAUGAUAAAGACACGGAUAUGUUUCAGGUGGGCAGGUCAACAGAAAGCCCUAUCGACUUCGUUGUUACAGACACAAUUUCUGGCAGUCAGAAUAAUGAUGAAGCCCAAAUCACACAGAGCACUAUCUCCAGGUUUGCCUGCAGGAUCGUCUGUGACAGGAACGAGCCUUACACAGCAAGGAUAUUUGCAGCUGGAUUUGACUCUUCCAAAAACAUAUUUCUUGGAGAAAAGGCAGCAAAGUGGAAAAAUCCCGAUGGCCACAUGGAUGGGCUCACCACCAACGGCGUCCUGGUGAUGCAUCCAAGAGGAGGCUUCACCGAGGAGUCCCAGCCCGGGGUCUGGCGCGAGAUCUCUGUCUGCGGAGACGUGUACACCUUGCGAGAAACCAGGUCGGCCCAGCAGAGGGGAAAGCUGGUGGAAAAUGAAACCAAUGUCCUGCAGGACGGCUCCCUCAUUGACCUGUGCGGGGCCACUCUGCUCUGGAGAACCGCCGACGGCCUUUUCCACACUCCCACGCAGAAGCACAUUGAGGCCCUCCGGCAGGAGAUCAACGCUGCCCGGCCCCAGUGCCCGGUGGGGCUCAACACCUUGGCCUUCCCCAGCAUCAGCAGGAAGGAGGUGGUGGAGGAGAAGCAGCCCUGGGCAUAUCUCAGCUGUGGCCACGUGCACGGCUACCACAACUGGGGCCACCGGAGCGACACAGAGGCCAACGAGAGGGAGUGCCCCAUGUGCAGAACCGUGGGCCCCUAUGUGCCUCUCUGGCUCGGCUGUGAGGCUGGUUUUUAUGUAGACGCGGGACCACCAACUCAUGCUUUCACCCCUUGUGGACACGUGUGCUCAGAGAAGUCUGCAAAAUAUUGGUCUCAGAUCCCAUUGCCUCACGGAACUCAUGCAUUUCACGCCGCCUGCCCUUUCUGUGCCACGCAGCUGGUUGGGGAACAGAACUGCAUCAAAUUAAUUUUCCAGGGUCCAGUUGACUGAUGCCCUUGACAGCCAUCUACAACUUUAUUAACAAGUUACUGUGAAGAUUUUGCCACUAACUCUAGAUUUUACCUUUUUAUAAUACUGUUUAUUAAGUGGAGGGGGCCUGAGGCUGGGAGCAAAGCAGGGACUCAGCGAUCAUACAUGCCAGGGGUUGAGCGCAGUGUGGUGCAUGCCCAGAACUGCAGCACUGCCACUGGAGUCUACUCAAUUGAACAUGCUAGCUUGGUAAU